AUGUGAGACAGCGCAGCUCCUCUUACAAGAGAGAGAGACUGAGAGACAGAGAGAGAAAACAGAGGUGAAAAAGUGAGGUUUGUAAAAAAACACAGCAAAGGAAACAUCAAACUUCUGAGACAAUAGAAAUAGUUCUAGAGACAGUUGGACUAGAACUAAACUAAGAAACCUUCUAGGGGAAUAUUUAUUUAAGCUUGACGCUUGGAUUCCAAAGUGAGGCCUUGGAGACAAGGAAGGACUAUUUUCAAGAGUGGACAGCAAGAAGAGUAGAGAAGAGAGCAGGGCAGAGAGGAUAACAGCCAAUAAAGUUGAGAAAACUUAAGAGAAGCAGAGACAGGUGCAAAGACAACAUGGAAUAAUAUGACAGAAACAGGAAUGUUGUAUCCACUUUUCCAUCGGUAAGAUUUGGAGUAAUAAAGAGACACACUGCUGUGUGACAACAAAGGCCUAUGCUGGUCUGUUCCCUUGAUUCCUCAGCACCCACAGCAUGUCCCACUCAUCCUCCACCCUCAAGAGAUAUACAGAUACAUCUUAUACCAAAAGUUAUGGUGGAUACAGCUCAUACACCUCCAACCUUAAUUCAUCCUACAUUGACCGUGAUAAACUCCCAUAUAAGACAAGUUAUGGUAGCUCAUAUCUGUCCAGCUCCUCACAUCUCAGAUCCUACCCGGAGUUGGAGCGAAGCCUUCCUCGUCUAGAUGUAACUAGCAAAAGGAAUGACAUUGUGGGACGUUCUACAUCUAAAUAUGGGACAAGUAAUUUCCCAACAUAUUCCUAUGGCUACAACUCAACAUAUUCUCCUGUCACCUCUCUGACACGUAGAAAGUCCUCCAGUCACACAGACCUCUCCCAUGGACUGUCAGAGUUGCGGGCUUCUGAUACUUACUACUCUCCCAGUCCAGCACUUACAUGCAGCCGACUUGAAGCAGAAGGAAACUAUCGGGCUUCAAAAACCACUAAUCUCAGUGAAGUCAGUGAUGUCUAUGGGAAAAAGAGGGGGAUCACCAAUGGUUAUGGAAUUUCCCGUACUACUUUUCAAGACCCAGCACCUUCCUCUCCAAGGUCUAGUUCACGCUUCCUUUACACCUACGAGAAAAAUGAGGAAUCAAAUGGCAAAGAGGAGCAAUCCUCCAAACAUGUACAGGGUCUGGUUGGCCUUCGGAAUCUUGGUAAUACGUGUUUUAUGAACUCCAUACUUCAGUGUUUGAGCAAUACCAAGGACCUAAGAGAUUAUUGUCAGCAGAAUUCAUAUCGACGAGAUCUGAGCUCAAAAAAAUGUAAUACUGCAAUAAUGGAAGAAUUUGCACGUUUGCUCCAGGCAAUUUGGACUAGUUCAGCCAAUGAAGUGGUGAGCCCAUCUGAGUUCAAAACCCAGAUACAGAGAUAUGCACCUCGCUUCAUGGGAUAUAACCAGCAAGACGCUCAGGAGUUUCUACGAUUUCUCUUGGACGGUUUACACAAUGAGGUCAACAGGGUGACAGUCAAACCAAGACCUUCCAGCCAAGAUUUGGACCAUAUGCCUGACUCUGAGAAAGGCAAAAAGAUGUGGAAGCGAUAUCUGGAGAGGGAAGACAGCAGAAUAGUGGAACUGUUUGUUGGCCAGCUGAAGAGUUCCCUUACCUGCACAGACUGCGGAUACUGCUCAACUGUUUUUGACCCUUUUUGGGACCUCUCACUUCCAAUAGCUAAGAAGAGUGCCUCUGAAGUAUCCCUCGUGGACUGUAUGCGCCUUUUUACUAAGGAAGAUGUUUUAGACGGUGACGAAAAGCCAACAUGCUGCAGAUGUAAAGCUCGCAGAAGGUGCACAAAGAAAUUCACCAUCCAAAGAUUUCCCAAAAUUCUUGUGCUUCAUCUAAAGCGAUUUUCUGAAGGACGCAUCAGAAGUGGCAAACUCUCCACAUUUGUCAAUUUCCCUCUUAAAGACCUGGACCUGAGGGAAUUCUCUUCAGAAUCAAACCCUCAUGCAACAUAUAAUCUCUAUGCUGUGUCCAAUCACUCUGGAACCACUAUGGGAGGACAUUACACAGCCUAUUGCAAAAACCCAAGUAACGGAGAGUGGUAUACAUUUAAUGAUUCUAGAGUCACUGCAAUGUCUUCCAGUCAGGUCAAAAGUAGCGACGCCUAUGUUUUAUUCUACGAGCUGUCUGGUCCCUCAUCCAGAAUGUAGACUUGGAACUUAAGACCUUGCAAACCUGGAGAAUUCAAGACCUUAUCCAUGCUGCAAUAUCUGGAGAGGACCUAACUGGGACACUCCAUCUGCACUGAGCCACUUGACUAUAUUUUUUAUACGAUAUUUUUAAUUCCAUAGUUUAAGUAUGGAGUCAACAAAACCAGCAUUUUAUACGAAGCCAUCAUCUGCCUUACCUACCUAGCAAAAGGACUGGACCAGUGGGUUAUUACCGGGUGAUCACCUUAAGUAUCAGAGCUUAAUAAAGCUAGUCAUAGAUGCAAGGAUACCAACAUACAAAACGACAGUUCCUACAAUUUCCUACGACAGUGUGGGGGAGUGUCCUGAUAUUUUUUUGUACCAUGGUCGUUCAGUCGAUCAGACAGGUUAAAAAACUUACAGUACAUUGGCUAACAAUAAGAUCUCGGCAUAUACUGCAGAUCUAUCCCAUAUCAAUGUGAGACUGUCAUUAUUAUUUGUUAGACAUAACUUUCGUAUGAUUGCUGUCUGUCAAUUAAUGGCCUGAGCAUUGUGUGAUUUGUUCUCUUUAUUUUAGAAUGGAUGGUUAGUUGCAGGUCGGAAGAUUGGCACGGACAAUCAUUCUUCCGACAUAGGCUAUAAUCUGCAUGUCUAUGGCCAUCUUAAUGCAGGAAGAAUGAAUUGUGUUUUUCAGACUAGAUUACGAUCAUGGUGCAGAUCUGAUGCUGGCAAGUGGUAGCACGGCUCAGUGUUUUUAGUCUUGCAGUGAAAGGUGCUGUAAUAAAAAUACGCUUCUCAUUUAUUAUUGUUGAAAAAUGGCAAAAGAUAAAGUAUCAGUUACACCAGUGAUCCCCAACCAGUAGCUCGCGAGCAACAUGUUGCUCUCCAACCCCUUGGAUGUUGCUCCCAGUGGCCUUAA